AUGGUUCUGGGCUCUCCUUCGGCUUCUCUAGCAAACAAACUGGUCUUUUGGUCUCCAGAGGAUUCUUCUGCGGCAGAUGGUGAUUUUGGCGGGAAUGAUACCACCGCUGGGCCCAGCACAGAGACAGAAGCCAGCACGCACGAUGGGGUCUCUAUGUAUGUUAAGGUGUUCGAAGAAAUGCUCAAGGAAGUACUUCUGGGAGAAGGAAAGCUGUUUGUCCAGGAAGAAUUGGACUGCUUCAUGAAGUAUCACAGGCUACCGUAUGCCGCCAAAUAUCUCUUCUGUCGCCUGUGUCUGCGCAAGAAGGACAAGUGGCAUCGUCUUAGCGCGCUCAAGUACCAGUCAGAGCUUGGCAACGGCAUCCGAGAUGCGAUGGACAUCUUGUGUGGCCAUCCUCCGUCUGAGGAGGAGGAUGUGAAGCCGGCCGUUCAGAAUAUGGAGAUCGUCAUCCCAGAAAUGGAGCCCAACUUCCGGUUUGACGCGCACCCGCAGGUCAAGCCUGACCCGGACGCCGACCCGUCGACCCGUUCGGAACCCGUGCCUGAAGCGAAGCCCGAAGUGAAGGAAGUCAAGCCCCAGGUGAAGGAAGUCAAGCCCCAGGUGAAGCCGGAAGUGAAGCCACAGGCGAAGCCUAGCUCCCCGAAGUCACCCAAAUACCCUAUCAUCAAGGUGGAGGAGCGCGACGUGAUUGACCUGACCUUUGACGACGAAGAGGAAGAGGCUCCAAAAGCCGGUCCUUCUCGCAGCCCCGAGUACGAGCCUGAGCUUCCUCCUCCGACCUCGACGCCCAGAUCGCCAGACUUCUCUGUGUUCGCCGAUGACGAGGAGCAGACCACACCUCUGGAGCUGCUUGAUUGCCUUAACACGGACGAGCUUGCAGACAUCGCCAAGCAGCUCAAGAUCAAGCUCAGGUCCAAGAAGCGAGACGUCCUCAUUGAGAGCAUCCUACGCUCGUCUUCGACUCAAGGCACCCUCGCGUUCCCAGUGGUGGGAUCGCGGAAGGGCAAAGGCAAAGACAUGGUCCAGAGCACACUGCCCUUUGGCUCUUCCAAGGGCAAGAAACUACAGCAGGGCAAAUUGCCCUUCAAGCCCCUCGACCCCUACAAGACGCAACAAGACCGCGUACGAAUAAUGGUCAUGAACAAACUCGAGAAAUGCAUCCGCCUGAACGCCGACGUCGUCGCGCUCUUCCGCCGCGCGAACCUCGUCUACUUCCGGAGCACGCAGCACACCCCCGAGCUGCUCACGCCCGCCGUCCUCGCGCGCGCGAAGAAGUGGAAGUUCGCCGAGUACGUGUAUGCGCGCACGCCCGACAUCUGGCGCACGCGUGCGGAGCUGCUCGCGUACGAGGAUGCCCUUGCGGUCGAGGCGGAGGUCGACGACCUGCUCGACAACGUCUACGGCCCCGGGGCGCGCGGACGGGACAGGUCGACGAUGAGCCGCACGCCGGGGCCGGGACGAACGAAGACGCCCGUCACACCGCGCAAGGGGACGAGUGUGGUCGCGAACACUCCGAAGGGCGGGAAAGCGGUCGUGCAGGAAGACGAGGAAAGCACGAGGGUGAAGAACGCUCGCUUGGUGAAGGAUAUUCUCGAGUCGCACUACCCCAGGUGGCAGGCGCUCGUCGAGACGAAGCCCGAAGGAGACGACGACGGCCGAAGAAACGCCCUCCAGCGGUUUGAGUGCGGGCACAUCCUCACGCGCGUCGUAUGCAAAGGCGCGCACGCGCUCGGGAUCCUGCACGAGUACGAGCAGGAGCUCGCGGUGCUCGACGCGCUCCUCGCGCAGAAGCGCUGGCGGCGCGGCCGGCGGGGGCGCUGGCACGACCGGCGGGCGCUGCUGCUCAUGAAGCACCUGCGGGACGCGACGGAGGACAACGACGAGCAGCUGCGCGUCGAGAAGGCCGCGCUCACAGGUGUGAUAGCGGCGCUCGAGGACCAGGACACGCACAUUGUGUUCCGGCCGAUGCUCGAGCGGCGGCUGACGCGCUGCGAGCGGUGGGUGGACGUGCCGCUCGGGGAGCGGCACCAGUGCGAGGGGAAGCAGAAGAAGGCGGACCCGGUGCAUGUGGGGGGCGUGAGGCUGGACCGGCGGCUGCAGCUGGAUGAGGCGGGGUGUGUGGUGAACGUGCCGACGACGGGCGGGAAGGGGAAGGAGGUGGAUGUGAAGGCGAGGGCGACGCUUUUGCGGUUCCUUGGGGCGGAGGAUACCCCGCGGAAGCCAGGGGCGGAUGUCAAGCCCGAGAAGACCACCGGCAAGUCGGUUUGGCGGGGUCGUGACGGUGAAGAGGUGUCCGUUGAAAUGCUUGCUCUGCAGUAUUACGAGGGCAAGGGCUUCAAAGGCUUCCACUGCGAGGGCCGCAUCGUGACCACGCUCUUCGGGCUGCUCUUCUGGGACAUCAUCUUUGCGCCUGUGCCCGGUGCCUUCGAGACGCGGUACCAGAGUGCACCGUUGGACCUCGCAGAGGACACGUUCUACUAUGUGCGACAGCCUCUGGCGGAUGCACGACUGGCAGAAAUCAAGGAUGGUCGCGCGGCGGAGAUCCUGGAAGCAGCGUACGACACGCACCAGGGGAAGAUGUGCGUUGGCGUGCGGUGGGACUUGUUUGAAAAGGACGACCUGUUGGGAAUUGUGAAGGGUUUGAAGGCAAAUGGACUGGCGAUCAUUUGCAAGUUGAUGUGCGAGGAGUACGCUGCGCGGACCGGUGGUGUGCCAGACCUGAUCUUGUGGCAUCCAACGGAUGGCACCACGAAGUUCGUGGAGGUGAAGGGCCCGAACGACUCGUUGCAAGAGAACCAGAAGGUGUGGAUCGACGUGCUCUCGCGGGCGGGCGUGGAGGUCGAGCUCUGCCACGUCUACGAGGAGGGGUCUACGCCGACGAAGGUGAAGGAGGCUCUGAUCAAGGCCGAGGCCAAGUCCAAGAAGACCCCCGCGAAGAGUCGGAAGACGCCGUUGAAACGGAAGGCGCCAGCGAAGAAGCGCCAGCGAGGGGAGGAAGAGGAGAGCCUGCCGCAAUUCCUUGCCUCAGAUGAGGAGCCCACGGAUUACGACGAGCUAGACAAAACGUCAGAGGUCGAGGAAGCUUCGCCAGCGAAGAAGAAGCAGCGGAAGAUCGUCGACGAACCAGAGUCGCCGACGGCGCAGAAGGUGGCGAGGCGGCAGAGUCAGACGGAGGACGUUGAGAUGGCUUGAGACUACGUCGCUGGGGUUGCCGUGGUGUGUCUGUAUACCUGCUAAGUUAUCCGUAUCUUAUUCGCUCUAGGCCUCCAUAUGUUCUGCAGUCUGUUGUACC